UGGAUUGAUUCUCCAUAAUUGAGUGAUGAAUAAAGGUGUCCUUGUUUCCACAUAGCAGAAGUUGGUCCUAUAAAUGUAACAGCCAACAAGCAACGCCUCUGACAAAAAACUCCUUUUUCCAUACACACUACUGCUACUGCCACUGCCACUCAUCCUAACCAACUCUCCCUCCCUCUAAUUUCCAUUUUGUGUACAAAAAAUGGCCUCCCGCCGCCACAAGAAGGUAGUUAUCGUAAUGGGCCCCACCGGCUGCGGCAAGACCAAGCUCUCCCUCGACCUCGCCUCCCGCUUCUUUCCCUCCUCCGAGAUCAUCAACGCCGACAAAAUCCAAACCCACCGCGGCCUCCCCAUCACCACCAACAAAAUCCCUCUCUCCGACCGCCUCCAAAUCCCCCACCACCUCCUCGGCUCCUUCCAAUCCUCCCCCUCCCACCCGGAGCUCACCCCCUCCGACUUCCGCCUCUCCGCCUCCUCCCUCAUCUCCCAAAUCCACUCCCGCCGCAACACCCCCAUCAUCGUCGGCGGAUCAAACUCCUUCAUCUACGCACUCCUCGCCAAGUCAUUCCACCCCGACUCGGACGUAUUCACCGAUUCCGACUCGGCCAUCUCCAUCUGCAAAGGGCUCAGAUACAGCUGCUGCUUCAUCUGGGUGGACGCCUCGCCGGCGGUGCUGAGCGAGUAUCUGGCGACGCGGGUGGACGAGAUGAUGGAGGCAGGGAUGUUCGAGGAGCUGGAGGAGUUUUUCGGCAGCGGCGAGUCGGACUCGGUGAGUGGGCGCGGCCUGGGGAGGGCGAUUGGAGUCCCAGAAUUCAGGAGAUAUUUCGAGAGAAAAGCGCGCGGUGAUUGGGCAGGGGAUGGUGACGUGGCGGAUAGGGAGGCCUACGUGGAGGCUGUGAGGGCCAUCAAGGACAACACGUGUCAGCUGGCGAAGAGGCAGCUGGGGAAAAUCCUGAGGCUGAGGGACUCGGCCGGGUGGGACUUGAAGAGGGUAGACGCCACGGCGGCGCUGAGGGCAGCGAUGGCUGGGCGGAAGACGGCGGAGCAUUGGGAGAGAGAGGUGGUAGAACCGAGUAGGAAUAUCGUGAAGCGCUUCUUGAUGGGGGAGUAGCUAAAUUGGAAUAUACUCCUACUUUAUUACUACUAUAAUUUUAAUCCUAUUUUUCGUAUUGUUUUUGUUCAAUUUGGAUUUUUAUAGUUUAUUA